AAGGGGAACCAGCCAAUCGUUACUCAUCGCCUCUGGUUCCAGUUCAGCAAAAAGUGGCUUGCAAAUAAAUUGCGAAAAGCAGAUUGUUUAUUUUAUGUGAAUCGGCAGCAACGGCAGCAUCGGAUCGGCUCAGCAGAAGCAACAACAAAGCGAGUGAAUGAAGUGAACGCGAAUCCGACUCUCACGCACACUAGCGUGGGUUGGCCAAUCUCUGGGUGUGUGUGUGCGAGUGCGAAUUGCGAACUGCGAACUGCAGAUUGCGCAUUUUCCCCGCUGCCCCUGGGAGCACCUGAAACAUCUGGAGCCCCUGGACCACCUGGCACCUUUGCCCCCUCUGCCGGCCAUCCCCCGCAUCCACGGGAGCAGGACAACUGAAGCGGGUCUUCAGGAAUCCCGAGAAAUCGCAGCAUAGCCGCAGGAGCCCCAGUGACCACCACCUGGAUGCCCGGCUUCCACCUCAAUGAGAUGGGUGAAAUGGUACUGGACGCCAUCGACGACAUCGGCGUGGUCGAUGUGUACGAUCUGGCCUCCGACAUUGGCAAGGAGUACGAGCGCAUCAUGGAUCGCUUCGGCACGGACGCCGUCAGCGGUCUGAUGCCCAAGAUCAUCAACACCCUGGAGCUGCUGGAGGCGCUGGCCACGAAGAAUGAGCGCGAGAAUGCCACCAUCCAGGAGUUGCGCGACAAGGUGGCCCAGCUGGAGAGUGAGAAGCUGGAGAAGGCCGAGUUCCGGCGCCGGUUCGACAAGGAGCUGGAGCUGAUCGAGGAGCAGUGGCGCAGCGAGACCAACGAGCUGGUCGACUUGGUGUCCUCGCUGCAGGACGAGAACAAGCGGCUGGUCAAGCAGACCCAGGACCUGCAGUCCUCCUCCGCCCAGAGCUCCGGCCUGGGCGCCAGCCUCACCGAGAGCAUAAUCAGCAUGACCAACCACGAGCUGCACGGCGCCCUCUCCGACACCCAGGUGCUGCAGCGGCUCAAGGAGCAGAUAUACAAGCAGCGGGACGAGCUGAAGAACCGCGAGCGGGAGCUGCAGGACAAGUACAGCGAGCUGGAGCACCUCACUAUCCAGGCGGAGCGGCUAAAGGCCUCGGAACGGGACACUCGGCGCCGCCACAAGCUUAUGCAGGCCCAGGUGAAGACGCUCUGCGAGGAGCGCGCCGACUUCCUGGCCCAACUGCAGGAUCAGAGUCGCGAGAUCAAUCAGCUGCGCAAGCGCCUGGGGCUGGCCGAGAAGGAGAACGAGGACUUGGUGGCCUCCUACGACGACGGCCAGAACGAUCCCAAUCGGCCGCGUUACACCACGCGCGAGCUCAAGGAGCUGAUCAGCGAACGCGACGAGCUGCUGACCACCAUCGACAGCCUCAACGAGCAGCUGGCGGAGCUGAAGCCGCCCAGCCAGGCGAAGGCCAAGCGGCAGCGCCAUUUCUCCAGCUCCGACGACAGCGACGAGGAGGACGACGGUCAUGUGGCGGACAACGAUGACGACGACGAGGAGGAGGAGGCGGCCGAGGCGGACGAACUGGAGCCACCGGCAGCCGGAGAAACACCGCCUGGUCACGAUGCGCCUGUGCAGGGACCGCUGCCCUACGAGCCGGACGACGCGCCCUGGAAGAAGAGCUCCGAGUCGGGAAUUCGAAAGUUCUUCCGGAAACUGUUCUCGGACCCCUCGGACGGCAACAACACAUUCCCGAAACGUUCCUUGGCCACGCUCUCCAAGAUGGCACUGUCGGCCACGCCCGGCUCCGUUUCCGCCUCCGCAGCGGCGAAUUUAGGCAACAGCCUGUAUCUGACCCUGUCCCUCGCCAUUCACCUGCUCCGCCUGAGCUGUACAUACAUAGUUUACACACUCGAUUGCUGUGCCCUCGUAAUUCUAAGUUGUUAUGCGAUUUUUUUUACGUAAUACGCGUGUUUUUUUCGUAACUCGUAACCCCUAACUUUAACUUUAAUGGAUAUGUUUUAUACGAAACCACUUUGUAUCUUUUGUACCUUCGAUUUUCUCUAACUUGAUUAACGGCUACUAUCUAAGACUCCGAACAUACCACAGCCCGUGCAUAAGCAGUGUUCCAAGGAACAACAACAAGAAUUGUGCAAAAAAUGCCGAGUGAGUUUUUAAUGAAUUUAGACAAACGACAAGCAAAACCAAGAAAAGACAAACAAUCCCCAUGAGGUGUAGAAACAAAUGAGAACGAGUCGAUUUGGACCCCAGAUUUUAGAGAAUGCAAGAGGAAUGAGAAGAUUUUGCUUGAAUUAUCCGUAGUCUAACUAUCCCCAAAGACCCCCUUUGAAUCCUUACCACUCCGGAUCCCGGCUAUCGCUAUCCCAUAUGAGUAUAACAUCUGUUGGAAGGUAUUUUAGCAUUCUCUUAGCAGUUGCCCCAAGCGGCCUUAUACACAUAUUACAAAUUUAUCAAAAUACGCAAACUGUAGAAUGAAAAGGAAAAACUUAAAAAGAUAUAUAAUUGAUAUAUAAUUAGCAAACGUUACAACCUUAGCGCAUUGUUUGUUGAAUUGAAUUAAACUAACUAAACGAAACCAAACUAAGCAUAUUAGAUUCCAUCGAUUGCAUUAGAGUGCACAAAGAUGCCAAAAAUAAGGGAAAAUAUCUCCAGUCUGAAUCAGCGAAUGUUUUAGCCAAGAGUUUUACCAUAGACUUAGCCAUUGACCAGCUCUCUCCAAUUGUUGUUACCGAAUUAAUGUGAAUCCGAAUCGCACGCCCACGCCAGUAGCUUCACGAGCAGAUAUAUGUGUCCCCCAAGCCUUAUCCACUUACAAGCCCAGUGCUCUAAGGGAGAUCUCAGUCGAGUGGAGCGCUUGACCCCUGACCCCAGCAGAUUCUAAUAUUCCAAACCACUACAUUAACCCUUACAAGUUCUAAACUGAAUGUGUGUUGACCUCCACGAAGCACUGCAAGAUAAUUCGGCAAGAAAAGAACAAAUUUGUGCGUUCGAGGGUCCGUCUCCGCCUCCUGCUCUUACUUAACACCCGGUUCCCACUUUCCACUCAGAGAAGCACAAAAGCGAGAAAGCUCCGUUACAUAUCAGCUUUAUCGACGUCGUCGAUUGAAACGUGCCAAAGACUAAUUGUCAGAGCCCUUCACCCGACUCUUUCGACCCCAUCCCGACCCCCAGCACCCCACGAACAAUCUAUCUCGUUUUAUUGCCACAAAUUGUGGCAACUGAACUUUUAUGUGUAUUUGAACACGAGAGCGUAACUGUAUCUGUAUCGAUAUAAAAAUGGACUAACGAAAAGAGUGUCAAGAUCGUUUGAGAGGAGAUCACAAAGCAAAUGAGGAUGUUGGAGAUGGAUAGACAUUGAGUAUUCGGUGAAUUAAUGUUAACUAAAUUUAUAUACACAUAUACACACGCAUUAUACAUAAUAUACUUUACUAUAUACUAUGUAAUAUCGUAUUAUAUGGAACUAUGACUAACCAAAAAGAAGGCAACAAUUAUACAAGCUUAGAGGCGUGCCAGGGUGCCACUUGGACCACGGGAGCGACGAGCGCGCACUGGAGGAUCGGAUCGGAUCGGAAGCAGCGACUCCACACCCGGGUCUCCCUCUAGCUCUGUACGUACAUACAAUUUAUGAGUGGCUCCCCGGGCGACCAUCAAAAAUAAAACUUAUGAACCAUUGAA